AGAGUGGGGGUGGACACUUGGUGAGGCAGGGGGUGAGUCGUUGCGAGCCGCAGUGAUCGCGAGAGGUAGACGCGAGGCGCUGGGGGCUGACAGUGGUGGAGGAGGAGGAGCAGGAGGAGGCUCGGGGAGUCGCAGCGGGAGUGGGGGAACGCACGGCACCCCGCGGGGCCCCAUCGCCCGGGGUCACCGCCCCAUGGACCCUCCGCCUCCUCCGCGGGGCCUCUGCCCCGUGCCGGCCGAACGCCGCGGUCCCCUCGGCCGGGCCCACCCCGUGGGGGGCCACCAGACGGCGACCACGGCCACAGCGGCCGCACCGCCCCCUCCUCCUCCGCCCGGCAUCGGCACCGAACCGACCUCGGCUCGACUCGCGGCGCCGGGAGGAGGAGGAGGAGGAGGCAGCGGCCGAAGCGCACCGACCGGUGGCCUCGGGCACGCGUCGACCGGUGUGGAGGUAGAGGCGCGCAUGUGCCGGGCGAGCGGCUUCGCGUGCGAGGGCCACCAGUGCUACAAGGAGAAGAAAUUCCGCGAGGCCAUCGGCAAGUACCAUCGCGCACUGCUGCAGCUCAAGGAGGUGGGGGCCGACGGUGACGGUGCGGGAGUGGUGGGACACGGUGGAGGCGGUGGCGGUGGCGGUGGUGGUGGUGGUGCCGGGAAGCUGAGUGGAGAGCAGAGGUCGCGAGUGGAGGCGAUUGAGAUCGACUGCUACAUCAGCCUGGCUGCGUGCCUGCUGCAAGCGGAGCUGGUGAACUACGAGCGUGUGCGCGACUACUGCCUCAAGGUUCUGCAGCGGCAGACGGACAACUUCAAGGCGCUGUACCGCGCCGGCGUGGCCUACUACCACCUGGGGGACUACCCCAACGCGCUCGCCUACCUGCGCGACGCUGGCACGCGGCAGCCUCACGACCUGAACGUGAAGCGCUACAUCCAGCUGACGGAGAUGCGUCUCAGCCGCGCGCACUACCAGCGCGAGCGCGAGGCCGAGAGGGCGGUCCCGGAGUGAGCCGCCCCCUUCGCCGCACGGGGGAGUGCCGUCGCCGGGCCUCCACCGAGGGAAGGAGGACGAGCGGGGUUCGCCGCACCGACGACGUUCCCCCGGCGACGGCUUCCUCUUGGCGGCCACGGGGCGCGACGUUGCCGGAGCCAUCGGUAACGGAAUAAAUGCGACGCUGCAGCUAGACAAACGACGACGACGACGACAACAACCGCCGAUUGCGAUGUAAAUACUCUUAUAAGGCAAUAAUUUCAAGACUGUAUUGUGGGUAAUCGUUGUACGUGUGGAUGCACGUUGCGUGCUCUACUGAGAAAACAGACAGACAGACGAGGCUUAAAACCGACUUGUUUGGCUUUCAAGACACACCUGAGAUCAUCCACGGGCGAGGGGGCGACGCGAAACAGCAACCGUGACCGCAGAACCGUUGCCGCGACGAUUGCUCCUUGCCGUGUAAAACCUUUGGACAGACCGGGCUGCCCCCUUCCUGUGCAGCGGGCGACCGGGAAUCCGCGAACUUCCAAUCGGAUCGUGACACGGGGCGUCACGUGACUCCGCCCGAGGGCCGUAGUCCAAUCCGCUGCUCGUCGGACGCAUUUUAUCGACAGGCGUUCGUUCUGGCGUUGGCCGGAGGAAACUCUCCGGCCAACUUCCAUCAUGCCACCGUGGCCCCCAACUUUAGCGGCGACGAUUGCCCCGCGGACGAUUUCCCGACGAGCAGAGGUCGCAAACGGGUUUUGAUUCCUUACCCGUACCCGGCCGCACCAGGGUCGCAAACGGGUACCCGUACCCGGCCGGGUAUGAGUACUCGUACGCUACCCGUACCCUACCCGAAAUGAGUGACAAACGGUUACUCACCAGUGACUCACGGCCUACCCGUACCCGUACCCGGCCGCACCAGGGUCGCAAACGGGUACCCGUACCCGGCCGGGUACGGGUACUCGUACGCUACCCGUACCCUACC